AUGGUAAUAAAUGAUGAGAGUUUAGAUUUCAUUGCAAUGCUGGACAAAGGAAAGAAAUUUCGCGAAGAGAAUCAGGUGAAAUCGUAUGAGAAGAUUUUUGAUGAGACAAAAUCAGUUUUGCGAGAAACAGGCUUGUUAGAAGAAACAGGCUCAAAGUCUACAAUCAAAGGAGAAGAAACUGUGAAAAAGCUCAGUUUGCUCAACAUCCUGUCUCCAAAAAUCGCAUCUAUUUUUCCGAGAACCAAUAAUAAAGGCGAACAGCUCUCACAGCUCAGUCCCUCGCUUUUAUCGUUUUAUGAAGAAAAAGAUGAAGCUACAAGUAUACCGUCAAUUUUGCAAGUUGCUGGAAUGCGAAAGGGUGGUAAUUCUGACUCAAAACUGUAA